AUGGAACAGGACCAGGAGGAUCAGCCCUCCUUGACCAUCGCCUCCAGCACCAUCACCACCGCGCCUCGGCCUGCGUCCACCCUCAAGCGCAUGGUCACCUCCGUCUCGUUCGACCCGCUGCCCACCUCCAGGGAGAAGGGCGAGAACAAGCACCUCCUCUCUGUCACGCCCGCGCGACGACGACGCGAGGUCUCGUUCGACAUCAGCUACAGCGCCCAGAUGGUGUCUCGGUCGCGUAGCGACUCGCGAGCCGUCACCUGCACUGUCGACGUCGACGUCGACGAGGCCACGACCACCAUCGCCACCACCACGGUUGCGGCCGGCGAUGAAGAGGAGGACCUGACCAAGCGGCCGACAUGGGUGCCGGACAGGGAGGCGCCCAGCUGCCACCAGUGCGCCAAGGGCUUCACCUUCAUCCGGCGACGGCACCACUGCCGCGCGUGCGGCGGCGUGUUCUGCGGCGCGUGUUCGUCCAAUCGCAUCACCAUCCCGCGCCUCGACUACACGUCGACCGAAGUGCGCGUGUGCGACCACUGCUGGGUGCGCGAGGCCGAGCUCCGCUACCGCAAGCCGUCGGUCUCCCUCUUCGCGUCGGCGUCGCUGGUGCCGGCGUCGGGCGUGCGUCGACGGCCGCGUCGCCAGUCGCUGAGCAAGUCGAGCGAGGUGGCGAUCAACAAGAACCUGCUCAAGCGGAGCCUGCGCAACAUGGAGAUGGCCGCAGAGGCGGCCGUGGCGAAGGUGCAGGCCGAGCAGCAGCAGCAAAGAGAGAAGAAGAACGAAGACGUCGUCGACGCGGGGCACGAACGAAAGGAGAAUCAGUGA